AUGGGCCUUACCAUAUCUUCUCUAUUUCAACAACUAUUUGGGAAGAAGAAUGUUCGUAUUUUGAUGGUUGGUCUAGAUGCCGCCGGAAAAACAACAAUUCUGUACAAAUUGAAGCUUGGUGAGGUUGUUACAACAAUCCCCACCAUUGGUUUUAACGUAGAAUCUGUUGAGUAUCGCAACCUCAAUUUCACCGUCUGGGAUGUAGGAGGGCAGGACAAGAUUCGCCCGCUGUGGCGACACUAUUUCCAGAACACACAAGGUCUCAUCUUUGUUGUGGAUAGCAAUGAUCGUGACCGAAUCGGCGAAGCUGCCGAAGAGUUACAGAAGAUGCUCUCCGAAGAGGAUUUGGCCAAUGCUGCUGUCCUUGUUUUUGCUAACAAACAAGAUCUGCCAAACGCUAUGCCAACCACAGAAGUUACCGACAAGCUGAGGCUUCAUAACCUUCGUAAUCGCGAAUGGUACAUACAGAGUUCUUGUGCGACAACAGGAGAGGGUCUUUACGAGGGAAUGGAUUGGCUCUCAAAAGUCCUUCUCAAGUCCUAA